GUGCCGCCUGUCAAGGAGGGGAGUUGACGAUGACAGGCAAUGCUGCGCGAGAUGCGCAAGCGCAGUAGCAAGAUCUCUUAUGAAACAGGUGAAGAUUGAAUAGAGAAAAGUCGGCUUUGCCUUUCAGUGCAACGUAUUUGCGAGGAAAAAAACCACAAAACCUUGGACAAAGAUGCAGUCCCCCGCUGGGGCGACUUAGGCAGCACAUCGUGACGGGUACAUUUACCCAUGCAACCAGCUGAGUGAUCAUGGGCCCAAAUUCCAUCCAUUGGUUUCGCAAAGGUCUGAGGCUGCAUGAUAAUCCAGCCUUGAGAGAGGCAAUUCGGGGAGCUGCCACCGUCCGAUGUGUUUACUUCCUUGAUCCAUGGUUCGCUGGAUCAUCUAACCUUGGGGUCAAUAGAUGGAGAUUCCUCCUGCAGUGUUUAGAGGACCUUGAUGCUAGCCUUCGAAAAUUAAACUCUCGACUUUUUGUCAUCCGGGGCCAGCCUGCAAAUGUGUUCCCUAGGCUUUUUAAGGAGUGGAAGAUCUCCAGACUCACAUUUGAGUACGACUCUGAGCCUUUUGGAAAGGAACGUGAUGCUGCUAUUAAGAAGCUGGCUUCUGAAGCUGGAGUGGAGGUGAUAGUAAAAAUAUCUCACACUCUGUACAACUUGGACAGAAUUAUUGAAUUAAAUGGAGGACAACCACCUUUAACUUAUAAGCGCUUCCAGACCCUGAUCAGUCGCAUGGAGCCUCCAGAAAUGCCAGUUGAGCCAAUUUCUGAAUUAAUCAUGGGAAAGUGUAUGACACCAGUCUCUGACGAUCACAGUGAAAAAUUUGGUGUCCCUUCUCUGGAAGAACUAGGUUUUGACACAGAAGGGCUUGGCUCGGCAGUGUGGCCCGGUGGUGAAACAGAAGCUUUAACACGGAUAGAACGACAUCUGGAAAGAAAAGCUUGGGUUGCCAAUUUUGAAAGACCCAGAAUGAAUGCAAAUUCACUUUUGGCAAGUCCAACAGGAUUGAGUCCCUAUCUCCGUUUUGGCUGCUUGUCAUGUCGGCUUUUUUACUUCAAGUUAACAGAUCUCUAUAAAAAGGUGAAGAAGAAUAGCUCCCCUCCUCUCUCGCUUUAUGGUCAGCUACUUUGGCGAGAGUUUUUUUAUACAGCUGCUACUGCCAAUCCUCGAUUUGACAAAAUGGAGGGAAACCCUAUCUGUGUUCGCAUUCCUUGGGAUCGGAACCCUGAAGCUCUUGCCAAAUGGGCAGAGGGCAAAACUGGAUUUCCUUGGAUUGAUGCUAUCAUGACUCAGCUCCGCCAAGAGGGUUGGAUACAUCAUCUGGCCCGGCAUGCGGUGGCCUGCUUCUUGACCCGUGGUGAUUUGUGGAUCAGCUGGGAAGAGGGUAUGAAGGUUUUUGAAGAACUUUUACUGGAUGCAGACUGGAGUGUAAAUGCCGGAAGCUGGAUGUGGCUUUCUUGCAGCUCAUUUUUUCAACAGUUUUUCCACUGCUAUUGUCCUGUUGGUUUUGGGCGCAGGACGGAUCCUAAUGGUGACUACAUCAGACGAUAUUUACCUGUUCUUCGAGGUUUUCCUGCCAAAUAUAUCUAUGAUCCAUGGAAUGCCCCUGAUGCUGUGCAGAGUGCGGCCAAGUGUAUUAUCGGUGUGCAUUAUCCCAAGCCUAUGGUCAACCAUGCCGAGGCCAGCCGCCUCAACAUUGAACGGAUGAAGCAGAUAUACCAGCAGCUGUCCCGCUAUAGGGGGCUAGGACUUCUUGCAUCUGUACCCACAAACCACAAUGGAAAUGGCAAUGGGGGGAUGAUGGCGUAUUCCCCAGGAGAACAGAUGCCUGGAAAUGGUAGUACACAUGUUUCAGGCAAUUUAACUGCCAGUGGAAUUGGAAGUAGCAGCAUUCUUUUGAGUUAUGAUACUGAGGAGCAGCCUGGACCAAGUGGAGUACAGCAAAGUUACCAGGCAGCAGGUGGAAAAAUUCAUGCAGUUUCUACUCAUCGCACUUACCCUUCCAGCACUAAUCACAUUGAGUUUGCUGUGCCACUGCAACCAGGCAGAAUUAUUUUCAGCAGUGGUAAUCGAAACAAUUCAGGGAAACGUGAGCAUGAACCUGAUAGAGGCAGCAGUACUGAUGAGGAGACCCAAUCAGCUCUGAAAAUGCAAAGGCAAAAUGAGGAAAAUGAAGACCUAAAAGGUGUCAACAUGGUGUCUUAAGUUUAUACAAAAACUAUAUGGAAGAAGAAUGUCAGAAAUAGAUCUCAAUAUAAUGUAACAGUUGUUUUAUGAACCAGCAGAUUUUUGUUUCUUUGUUAGAAUUGUAACUGCUUUAAAGUGGAUAUUUGCCUUGAUGAAGUUAUUUUCAUUUGUGUUUUUAUGUCAUUUAACUUUUUGUGUGUGUGUGUGUGUGUGAGUGUGUGUGCGCGUGUGCACGCACGCAUGUGUGAAUGAGAGAGAGAGAGAGAGACAGUAUCAUUCUGAAUUGGAAUGGGAAAAUAAUUCUGUGACUAAACUCAUCAGACUCAGGGUUCAAAAAUCCAACUAAAAGGAAAUGAGUUCUGAUACAGUAGAUUCUGCACAAUCUACCUCUCUGUUAGAAGCUCUAAAAUACUUUAAGCUGUGUGUCCACCUGUUUAUUUUUUAUACUUUCUUUAUGUCAUUGGGGACCUGUUGGCAGUGGUACAUACGUUUCUGAAUUUUUGAUACUUGUGUCCUUAAAAUUAAGCAACUCCAGGAAUACCACCAGUAAUUAAUUGUAUGGCUGCAAAAAAUAAUUUUUUAUCACAGGAUUUAAAGUUGUGAACAUGGAUUGUACCAAAACCUUCUCAUUUAUAGAUCAGUGAGGUGAAGAAAUGGACAUUUAUUCUGUCAAGCAUAAAAUUAUUUAGUAUUUUGAGUUUUCACCUGUCAAAUGCUGGCUAGCGUUGGUUGUAAUCUCAGGGUAGGCAAGAAGUUCCUCCUCAAGUAUUCAUUCCUUUAGCAAUUAGAUGCAUACAUUUACAUUUCUAGUCAUAGCUAGUAUGGCAUCUGUUCAGGAUUUUAAUAUAUUUUCUAUAGUUUAGAUGUGAAAGUAUUAUUUCUUACUAGAGGGAGAGAUCGAUCAAUACUACUAUAUUCACUUGAACCUUAAAAGCAUUUUUUGUUGGUUGUAUGCAGCUACUAGAAUCUCUACAUCAAGAAUUUCUUGAAAUCGGUCAACAACGCUGCUAAAUGCUUUAUCCAUAAUUAUUCAGCUACAUGUUCGUAGGCACACCCAAAAACGCUUUUUGGUCACCCUUUUGAAACUGGUGUUUCAGGGGAUGGGCAUUACCAGAUAUGUUCAGCUGUCAAUAUUUUUGAAACCGAGUCUGGACCAUAAAGUCUAAAAUUGAUAUGCAUUUUUUUCUUUCAUUAAAUGUUUUGACAUCUCAGUUUUUUAAAGUUGUCUCUUUACGAUCACUAUUUGAUAACUAUUUUUUAAAUUUGCUAUCACACCUGCUACAGUGCAGCAAUAGAACAUUGUCUGUAUUAUAGCAUUUUUUUAAUUAAAUAAUUAUUUUCUAGAACGUAAUAACUUUUUUAAGGCACAACAUGUAUAAUAAAACAAAAUUUAAAAAGUCGCUUUUUAUCAUCCUAAACUAUGGGGUGAAAAUGUUUGCCAGUACCGAGUAGUUUUUAAAAAUGGUAGGGUGGAGUUUUUGUGCAGGUCAUUCCAUUCACUCCUGUACAAUCUCUUUUUUAAAAUAAACUGUGCUUUGCUUAUUUUCCCAAAAGUGUAAACACAAUGUCUCAAAUUAAGCAAAAAUAUUUUGUAAAAUUUAGUUUAGUGGCUCAUGUUACAUCAUAUUUAGUUGUAAUAUAGAUUUUUUUAUUUAUUUAUUUUUUUAUAUAACUUUAACUUUGGAAAUCUGUAGCUGGCUUCAAUGGUAUUGAAAUACAUACAGGAUAUGAAGAUGUAGACAUUUUCUAGACAGUGUCACUAAGUGUCAGUGGUAAAUUCACAUUCUUUGGCAUAUGUGGCACUUAAGACAGUUUCACCGUUGGCAUAUGUGCAGUCUUGUACAUAAUUAAUCAUAAUUAAUGUCUUUUUACAAGGCUACAUUGGCCAAAGUUCAUACCUGUACAAGUGAACUUAUUGGAAAUUGCUCAGGAUUGUCCCGUGAAACCAUUUGUUAGGUUUCCAUCAGUUAGGUAGUGCUUUAAUGUAAAUAGUGAAGAAUCAGGAAAUGUAUAGUGUAAAUAUAAAUAUAUUUAUGUGGGUUUUUGCCUUAUGGUUUUCGAUGAGAUGUAUUCCUAAUGAAUGUGUUGUGUUAUGCUUGAAUAAUGUGCUUGAGAGAUUUUUUUUUCUUCAACCAAAAUUACAAGUUGGUUUUCUGUUUUAUGUAAUUGCAAUAAAUAUGUUAUAAUUUAAGUAAUUUGAAAAGAAAGCAAAAAAAUGAUGCAAUAUUUUUACUGGAAAAUAUUAGUUAUGCAUAAAUUAAGACAUGAUUACAGUUAUUAGGGAAACAAAGGGGCUAAUGUGUUUUAUUUUCACAUGAAAGGUCAUGAUUAGCUACCUGAAAUAAAACCAGCAUCUGUUAUUCUUUAUGCCCUCCUUUUUAUUUUAUUCCAGUUGUGUUGAGGGUAUUGUCAGUAGACAUCUUAAGACUUCUUUUUUUUUUGUGCACAUGGACUGAGAUAGUUGAGGGGAUGUUAAGCCCUCGUGUAUGAUGGUGUUCAUUUUUUCUUUUUAAAUUUGUGCUGAGAGAGAGAUUAACAAGACUUCUCACCUACUGAGGUUGGUCACGGAAUUAUUUUCAUCCCAUUUUUUCCAAUGAGAAAUGUCUGUCAAAUAAACACUGUUUAAUGAAGAAAAAGCAACCACUGUCUUGUUCAAAACUGUUUUCAGAGUCGAGGAAGGCAUGGGGUAGGAUAGAAUGACGUGACUUAAACUUUGUAGUAAUGGUCACCCUUCAGUUCUCUUGCAAGCCAAAUAUAUAAUGUGGAAAAAGUGACAAAACCACUUGAGAUAUAUAAUGUUUUCAGCUUACAAAUAUGGAUGAAAAGAUCAGUUCUCAAUAUAUUUUUGAUUUUUUUAUUUGCUUAUCAAGUAACAAGUAAAUGUCAAGAGUUAAUAUUGGGACCAUUUAUUUAAUCUAUCAUGGUAAAAUAAUAUUGUGUAUUGUUUUUACCUUGUAUAUUUGUCAAUUCUGUAUAUAAAAUUGUUGUUGAAGUUUAUUAUACGAGGAAGGGAAGGAGAGUUAGUCCUGUUCACUGCCUCGUGGAGAGUAACAGGAUAAGUUAGGUGUUCAUCAAGCCAGUUAUUUCGUCACAAACAUGUAUGCAUUUGGCACGUGAAACUGUGUUCUAAAGUCAAGUUUUUUCUAAAUUUUAACAGAUACAUAGCCAGCCCUGAUGUUUUAUAAUUUAACCUAUGGGGCACAGGACACUUGGAAAACAAAAGCCUAAAAAACUUAUGAAUAUGUUCAAAGUCAACAAAAAACAUCAACAGUAAACUUUUCCUGUCACCAGCUUGGUAUUGUGUUGAUUUUCUUCCAUAUUAUGUAAGAACUCCUUCCAUUAAGGUCACUCCUAUCACACAAGUAAAAAAGAAAAUGUAUCCUUAUCGUGAGAAAAAUAUUACCAAGAAUAUGUGAUACAUACAGAUCUAUUUUGGAUGGAUGGCAUGUUUUCUUAUAUUGAAAUUUUUUUUUUUUUUUUUAAAAGGGUUUUAUUUUCCAGUGGUACCUCAUGCUUCCUAGGUUAUAUUGCAAAACUCCAGGAGUGUCGAUGUAUUUUUUUUUUUAUUUUUAAUUUAUAGAAAAUUCUUAACUUUAGAACACAGGUUCCCAUGAUACAUGCAUAUUCAACAUGUUUGUGAAGAAAUACAUUUGACUUUAAAAAUAACAAACUUACCCUUUAAGUUGUUUGAAAUGAAAAAGAACAGAGCAGAUCAAAUUUUUAAGGUAUACCCAUACAUGUACACUUGUGUACUUUUGAUGGGUUGAUACUUUUUAUUGUUAUUUUUUUUAACAAGAUACAUAAGGUGCUGUCUACCACCCCAGCUGUGCAUUGCUGUGAAAACUUCUAACUGGUUUGUUACUUCAGCGUGGGAUGUAACCUAACCCUAUUUCACCCCAUGUUGCAUCUUUGUAUUUUGUGAUGGCGCCUACUUAGGUUGGAGUUGGAAUUUGACUCAGGUAGGUGACACUAAUUGUAGUGGGUGGGCCCUGUGGAGGUCGGGCAACACUCAACUGUUUGGAUUUUGCAUGCAGCCAGGUGUUUGCAUCAUAGUAUGUAGCACAAGAUCAUUUCUGUUGAAUGAAACAACUAUCCAUGGCAACACACUAUAUAGAAGGAGUCUGUGGAAGUUGCAAGGACAGCAAUAACAAAGUUCAUAUUAAAAUGCAGUUUCGAGUUUUCACAUUCUUCCCGUACAUUAAGGUAAAGGCGAGUUACAGUUUAGCGAACUACUAAAUUAUUCUUUCUUGUGGGUGUUAAAGCAUUGGUUUAUGUUCUCUUUCUGUUGGUUUUAUGUUGUUUAUGUAGAGAAUUAAAUUUUUAAAAAUUGUCCCUUAACAUGUUUUGAGAGCAACAACAAAGUUGUACAUUUUUAAAUUGCAUAUAAAGAUUGCACUUAAAGCUAGGCAUUUGUUUUAAGGACAAAAUCAUUAAAGUCAUUGAAUUAUUUGCAUCCUAACUUAAAACAAAAAAAAAAAAUCACUUGAAUCAUAAUGGCAUGUUGGGCUGUCAUGAUCAGGUAUAACUAGAUAAACUGGGAUUGACCAGUAGGUCUGUGAUAGAAAUCAAAUUUAAGGUAAUGCAUUAGCUCUAUAGCACACCAGGCAAGCACCUAAAAGUAAGAUAUGGAUGUAUGUGGGACAGAAAGCUAAUAAUAUGAUGUGCCUGGAUAUCAUUGUACCUGAUCGAGGAGCCCCUGCUAGCCAGCAUUGAUCUUGAGUCCCAGAAUCUAAAUUUGUUUGUUUUUCAGUAUUUUCUCUGUAUCUAGGGGAUUUUAUAUGGUGCACAGCAAAGGAACCAAACUUGAAUCACAUCCAAAGCCACAUUCUGUGUUGUCACCACCCUUACCAAAAAGCUAACCAGACUUUCCAGUUAAGUUGCAGCUAUUAAAAUGAUUAAAAAGUACUUACCUGUUUCAUUGGAGGCAACAAGACUUGGCAGAAUUAUAGGCUGUAUUGUCUUCUGGCAACUGUACAUUGCAACAUAUGUUUAUGAAAUGAACUUGAUUUAAGACAGUCUUUGAUGGGGAAAAAGCAGUACACUGUCUUGUGUGUCGGAGGGCUUACAGGCUGUCUUUGGAAAUUAACAGGUAAAAGUCUGCUCAAAUGUUCUUUGUUUAGUUUCAAUGUUUUGCACUUCACUGUGAAUGUUUUUGGUGGGGGAUUGGUGAAAUACUGCAAAAUAGCACUGCCUAUGUUGAACUGGAGCGUCUUUCCUUGUUUCGGCAUCUUUGACAGUCAAUUUUCAACAUAUUGUGUUAAAAGUGUUCACAAGUGUUGUCUGUAUUUUAAUUAAAAUACAAAUUUGUCCAUA